UAACGCCCUUUUCUUCUCCAUCAUCAUUUUUUCUUUGUAUCAAGUAUUCUAUAAAGAUAUUAUUUUCCUUUGUUCCCCCACCACUAACGCGUCAGCCAGAAUCAGAGCGUGUCUUUGUGGCUUGAACAGGAUCUUACCCCUUGAAAGCUGCUACCAAGAUUGACUGGAAUGACCUCACACCUUCAAUUCCAUGCUUGACCUUGUAUCUUACCUCAGCAUCACUUCCUCACCUGGCUGUCACCAAAAUUCGACUGCAACACCGAACAUAAACGAAAUACAUAUUAAAUAGAGAGUACAAUCUAAAACGCACAAGAUGCCACUCUCAGGCGCCCGACUGCUCGUGGCAGCCGCCUUGCUACUCCCUAGCGUCUCUCCUUCACCAAUUUUCGACGCUGGCCAAAAAGUUCUCGAUGCAAUUACAGGGACACGCGAUCCUAUAGAGACACCGCAUAUCCGACAAUCGGGUCGCAAACUGAAUGGCAAAUUCUUGCAUAUAACAGAUUUUCACCCUGAUGAAUUCUACAAAGCGCAUUCAUCAACAGCCCAGGGUGUCGCAUGCCACCGCGGGAAGGGCCCUGCAGGUCUAUACGGCGCCGAAACUACCGAUUGCGACUCUCCCGUGGACCUCGUCGACGCGACGUUAGAAUGGGUACGGAAGAACGUCAAGGAUGAUAUCGACUUUGUUGUAUGGACGGGUGACACGGCGCGCCACGAUAGCGACGAGAAGCUGCCACGAAGCUCGAGCCAUGUUUUGAAUAUGAACCGAAACGUCGCCAAAAAGAUUGUCAAGACCUUUUCUGAUGACGGAGCCCUUACCGUCCCUGUUAUCCCAACUUUUGGCAACAACGAUUUUCUGCCGCACAAUAUCUUCUAUCCCGGACCAAACAAGUGGCUGCAGGCUUAUAGCAGCAUAUGGCAUCGUUUUAUCCCUGAGGAACAGCGACACUCCUUCGGAUUUGGUGGAUGGUUCGAGGUUGAGGUUAUUCCCAAUCAAUUGUCCGUUAUCAGCCUCAACACCAUGUACUUCUUUGAUCGAAAUGCUGGCGUUGACGGUUGCGCAAUUCCCUCGGAGCCUGGUUUCAAGCAUAUGGAGUGGCUGAGUGUUCAACUUCAGCGAUUACGUGAGCGUGGAAUGAAGGCUAUCCUGAUCGGCCAUGUCCCUCCCGCUCGGACUGAGAACAAGCAGAAUUGGGACGAAACUUGCUGGCAAAAAUACACACUCUGGCUGAAGCAGUUCCGCGACGUUGUUACUGGCUCCCUCUACGGCCAUAUGAACAUUGACCACUUCCUAUUUCAGGACACCAAGGACAUUGACCUGAGCCUUUAUGACAAGGCAGGGACUACCCGAGAACCCAUGGAUGACGACUUUUCCGUCGAGUCAAAGAGCGACUACUUGAUAGACCUUAGAAAGUCCUGGUCUGACUUGCCAGGCUCAGCUGCAAAGGCACUAGAAGAAGAUCUAGACGUCGAGGAUGAACUUGAAAUGCAAGAUGAAGAUGUCGACGAGUGGAGGAAUAGAAAGAACAAGAAGGGGAAGAAAGGUAAAAAGAAGAAGGGUCAUGGCAAGAUCGGAGGCAAAUAUGGAGAACGAUAUCAGGUAUCUCUUGUUAGCCCCAGCGUCGUCCCCAAUUACUUCCCGACUAUUCGCAUAAUCGAGUACAAUAUCACCGGCCUGGAGGAUGCGCCAGUCUGGACCGACUCAUUCGACAUCAACUCAAAGGUUUCCGAAGAGCUUCCCGACUUUUCUGAAGAUGAGGAAGCCCACCAGGAACUCAAGAGAGACCUCGAAGCUGAGCGAAGGAAGAAGGGCAGAAAAAGCAAGAAGGGCAGGAAGGGAAGAAAGGGCAAGAAGAAGCCCAAGAACCCUGAACUCGUGAUCCCACCAGCUCCCCCAAAGGGAUCACCUCCCGGCCCUGCAUACUCUCGCCAGACAUUCACCUUCAUGGGAUACACACAAUACUUUGCCAACCUCACCUAUAUCAACAAUGAUCUUACCGACUUGUCCGAGACAAGCAAGUGGCGCGACGGCGAUUUCAGUGAUGAAGUACCCGACCACGAUAAGCCGCAGCCCAACAAGUUCAGAUACGAGGUUGAAUACAGCACUUUUACCGACAAGAUCUUCAAGCUGCCCGACUUGACAGUUCGAAGCUACCUCAGGCUAGCGUCUAGAAUCGCUAAGAGGAAGACGAAGAAGGGCAAGGGCAAGGCAGCUGAAGAGUACAAUGAGGAUUUUGAAGACGAGUCAGACUCAGACGACGACGACGACGACGACGACGACGACACUGAAAUUCCAGAACCUGAAGAGGGUGACUCUGAUUUGGACUUCACCGCUACCAGGGGCAAGAAAGGGAGGAACAAGAGAAGGAAAACCAACAAGGUUUGGAAGCAUUUCCUCCAAGAAGCAUUCGUCAACACUAUACCCGAAAAGCAACUCAAGAAGUGGUCACGGAGAUGAUCGGAGACAUGUAGAUAGCGACUGACUUGGAAACUUUAUGAUUGGCAUUUUAGCGACGAGACGGAUGGAAUAGGCAUACAUGGUGUUAAUGGCGCAUAGAGAGCAUAAUUGCUAGAAUAACUAAAGAUACACGAUCUUAUGAUUACACUAUCGUUU